AUGGCAGCCAGAGGGGUCCUCCCAGUUUUCCGUACAACGCCCAUCGCUACCCUAUACCGGGAUGCUGGGCUCCCAUCAGCAAUGGUAGCUCUGGAGGAGGCCAAAAUGCGAUUCGCGACAAGGCUUCAGGUGGUGGAUGAGAAGCACCCACUGGCUUCACGGAUAGCACCUCCAAUGAUCACACGAGGAAGAGGGGCUGGAACCCGGCAGCGCUCAAAGACCAAGAUCCAGCGGUUGGGGGCGCUGCUACCUGCAGUCAAUAGACCCACACUUGCCAUCCCACACUACUCAGAGGGAUGCGGGACAGACCCCACAGAGGGUGUAGACAAAAAGAGUGCUGCUCAGGCAUUCAAGAAAUGGUGGAGAAGUCAACCCUCAACAGAUCUAUAUGUUUUCUCAGAUGGAUCAGAACGGAGCCUUGACAACAGCAGGCAGGUGGGCUAUGGCUUCAUAGUCUAUCAGGGAAAUAAACAGCUGGCCAGCUUCUCAGCUGCGCUGAGCCCUAUGUCACAUGUCUUCGACGCUGAGGCAGUUGGUGCCUGCCGGGCAUUAGAGUGCGCUGUGAAGCUCCUACCUUGUGUCACAGAGGACAGCAGCAACCCUCAGAUCUGGCUCUGCCUCGACAACACCUCAGUCAUCUGGGGCAUACGGGGCAGUGCAGCAGCCUCCUCAAACUGGGCCUACAACCGCUGCCAUGAGCUCCUCAGACAGCACAAUGUCGGCCUGAAAUGGGCUCCUGGGCAUAUGGGGAUAGAGGGCAAUGAGGAAGCAGACCGCUUGGCUAAGCGGGCAGUCUCAUCCACUGCAGCCCCAGCCUAUGGUCUCGAGGCCACACCCACAGUCAGUGGGGUCCGCACAGUGGCCAAGCAGCUCAGCCAAGAGGCAAGGCGAAAGUGGUGGAGUGGAGCCUGUGGCAGGCUCUCUGACUGGUACCGGGGCUGGAGUUUCAGCAGGCCGACUGUGGAAUACCAAGUGAAGGCCCCUCCGGAGCUCACCAUGCCACGGCAUGCCCUUCACCGCUGGCUCGCACUCCGCUCCUCUCAUGGGGACUUCUCCUGGUACCACAGGCGUUUCCAGCAUGCAGAUGCGAGGCUCACCUGUGUCUGUGGACACAACAAGAGCCCAGAACAUUUGGUGCUCUGUCGACACUCACAGAGGCACUUUCUUCACUGGCCCAAGAGGCCAGCAGCACGGCCACACAACCGGGCGACAGCUGUUGCCUAUCUAGGGUCUCUGACCCCUACAGACUUUGUAGAACUGCUGGACUGCACGCAGUUCUACACACGGUACUGCACAAGGUAA